AGCAGAGCAGCGGCAGAUUUUACUGUUAAAUUCUCCGUUUUCCUGACUGCUGCUGGUGAAAUAGUGGUCAAAAAGUGGUUUCGAGCAUCUAUCGCCAUCGGUUUGUUGUUGAUGUCGGCUGUUCGUGCAUUGGAUCUAUUUUUGUAAACUUCACGCAGUAAAAAAAGAACCAUAAAGAAUCGUGAAAAUGAGUAUAACGAUAAAUGCAGUGGACGCGAUGGAAUUGAUAGAGGAUGACAAUAUUACCGGAGCAUCAGACGACGACGAUGACGGGGAUCCAAGCAGCCCGGGCAGUGCGUACGACGAUGGGAAUCUUAUCAACGUUGCCAUGGAAAAUGAGGUAACCGCACAGCUGGUGGCCGCCGGAGUAGUAGGCGUCGCUGCUGCCGCUGCAAUCACAUCGUCGAAGAAGAAAAAGCGCCCACACUCGUUCGAAACGAACCCUUCCAUUCGCAAACGCCAACAGAAUCGGUUGCUGCGAAAGUUACGACAAACGAUCUUCGAGUAUGCCACACGUGUGGGUCAACAGGCGGUUGUUUUGGUGGCAACCCCGGGAAAACCAAACAACAUCUACAAAGUGUUCGGCGCAAAACCACUCGAAGACGUGCUGAAGAAUUUGCGUGGCAAUGUGAUGGACAAGCUGGACGAAGCGCUGGCAGCUCAGGCACCUCCUCGUGUACAAGACGAUCCGUCACUGUUCGAACUGCCUCCGCUGAUCAUCGAUGGUAUACCGACACCGGUAGAAAAAAUGACACAGGCCCAGCUGCGUGCCUUCAUCCCACUGAUGUUGAAAUAUUCUACGGGAAGGGGCAAGCCAGGCUGGGGUCGAGACUCCACCCGGCCGGCCUGGUGGCCGAAGGAGCUGCCCUGGGCAAAUGUGCGCAUGGACGCUCGGACAGAGGACGAAAAACAGAAGAUAAGUUGGACUCAUGCUCUGAGAAAAAUUGUCAUAAAUUGUUACAAAUAUCACGGCAGAGAAGAUUUGUUGCCAGCUUUCAGCGAAGAAGAUGAAAAAGCGAACGCUAUUGCAACGGCAAGUUCGAAUGUUGACGUAAUGAAAAUUGAAAAUGGUAGCGUAGUGACGGUAGGUCCGGCGACGAAUGGUAACACAGCAACCGCCACGAUAACCAACGGCACCAACGGCCAACAGCAAAUCAUUAUCCACCAGCAGCACCCUUCGCAUUCGAAUGGCAUCACGACACUCACCACGGCCGCCAAUGGUCAUACACAGAUCAUAAAAGAUGACGGCGACGGCACCAUACAGAUCCAGCAGCAGUCCUCGCCUACCCAGACCUUGAACGCGCAGGUUUGCUUGGACUCGAUGGCUCUAAGCGAUGUGGAUUUCACGCACACCGUGCUGCAGACCAUUCAAAAUGCCGACGGAACUGUUUCAAUUAUUCAGGUGGAUCCAAACAAUCCUAUAAUUACGUUACCGGACGGAACAACCGCACAAGUACAAGGAAUCGCCACCCUUCAACAGCAAGGAGACGGAGGCGUUCACACUAUACAAACUAUAUCCGAUGGGCAGGGUGAAAGUAUGUCGGUGGACUUAACGGAGGCCACCCUUGGGCAGGAUGGUCAGCUAAUCAUCACUGGAGAGGAUGGACAAGGAUACCCGGUGAACGUGAGUGGCAUGAUCACGUUACCAGUGUCGGCCCAGAUGUAUCAGACGAUGGUGGCCAACAUACAGCAGGUUCCGAACGUGGAUGGCACCGUGUGUCUAACACCAAUGCAGAUGUGUGAUUUAGUGGAGAGCGGCGAAACAAUGGAAACGAUCACCGUCGGGCCCGGCAUGCAUCAGAUGAUGAUACAAGGUCCACCCGGCUCUGAGCCGCAGGUUCUACAAGUACUCAGCCUGAAGGAUGCAUCCGUACUGACGAAAGCGAUGGCCGCAAUCACCGAGGUCAAGGGGGAAGAAACAAUAAUUGAUCAUUAGGCGAGCUUCGGCCGGCCCAAUACCGACGUGCAGCAGGAGUAGCGUCCCGCGGCUAUUUAUUAUCGCAUUGAGUAACUUUAUUUAUUGUCAUUUUCCCUAACUUGUACCCACAAAGUCAGAGAAGUCGUAUUUAUAUAUAGAUAUUUCUUAUACAGAGUUGCAUAGGAUCGAUGCAAAGCAAGCAAGGCAAGACGAUCGAUUUGAGCAAACCACAACCAGACGCUAGUCAUUAAGGAGAAGCAAGAAACGGAAGUGCCCCGUUCCCGAUUCACACACUGUUCAUCCAUUUCAUCCUCCAUCCUUUCGCCGUCCCGAAGCUCUUUUCUCAAAUUUUAAUCUAACACUAGUCAAAAUUCGUGUCAUUUCAUGUUUGUCAUUGGAAGUAGAUAAACUGCAGGCCCUAACAGGUCCUAGUCACCGUGCCAGCUCGCGCUUCUCCACAGCAGAACGAUUCCAAAGUCAUACCGAAUGCUGGGUGACUGUAAAUACCGUGCAAAUGUAUUUCCGAUACUAAAAACCCCAUAUUGAUAGUACGGAAACCAAUCAUUAGACUUUAAAUUACCUAUUUAAGUAUUGUCACAGAAGAACGCCGCCGUCAUUCUGAAGAUAUGAAUUUUGUUUCCUUCAGUGAAGUGAACCAGUCGGCCCCUAGUCACGCGCGCUGCUGCCCAUGGAGCAGUUCCAGAGUAAAAUCAAUAUUUUAGUGCAAUUAAUUUGUAACCUCCCUUCAUCGGAAGAAGGCAAGCGUGGACUCCAGGCAGGGCGUUAGAUCGCACAGGAAGUGGAAGGUUAGUAGACUCUCACGUGGAGACUCUCCGGCAUUAGUUCCACUGGUUCGCCAUCCGUAUUGAACCGUAUUUGUAUUGUAAGAUUGCUUCCUGAUCGGUGCACAAGCGUAAGGAAGACCGGUGUACAGGAAAAAGAAUCAACAAUUAUUUGGCGGCACUGGAAGGGUGCGAAACUCUCUUUUUCUUCGUGUAACGCAUUUCAGGAAUAAUUUACAUUCAAUCGGAGAGUGUGCAGCAGGUUGCAACCCACCAUUAACUAAGCAGGAGCAAAAGCUAGUCGUAAUUUAGUUUCAAUGUUAAGGCCUAAUCCUAUUACCUCCUUUUUCUGUUACGAAGGUUUAUUUAUUGGCUAUUUAUGAUUUUAUUCGAUGAUCUUUGUCUAACGAUGAUUAUUUGUGUUGUGUAUUAUUUAUCUCUUUUUGUGGUGCAUGUUUUCGAGUGAAAUGAAUCUGAUUCCGUAACAUAAGUUAGAUAUAGGAAAUAGGAAAGGAAAGAAUUGCGUUUAAUGCGUACAUCAUUUGCUAGUCAGUUUUCCUUGUUUUAACCACACACAAGAACACACGUACUGAAACAAUCGUUUUCACAAAGUACAGUAUCACCGAUCAAGGCAACUUUUAUUAGUGAAACAUUAAACAACACAACAAACACAAGAGGACAAAGACUGAAAAGCAUUGCAGGGGUCAUUGUAAAAACGUGGAUAAUGAUGAUGGGGCGGUAAAGAGUAUAAACUAACAGAAACACAUGCUAGGAAAAUGUUAUUUAAAUUAUCUAUUUAUUUAUUUAUUUAUUCAUUUAUUUAUUUAUUUAUUUAUUCUUCGUUCGAUUGGACACUGUGAUUUUGGUUCGAUUUUCGACAUCCCGCUUGCACAGAAUGAUUUCUGGAAGCU